AUGCCCGUGUCCAAUACUCUAUCAAUAACCGACCGGCCAGGUUUCUUGUGGCGCCCUGAAAUUGUCAAUAGAAGACUGCAGCUUGGUGACAUUGGUAUCUGCCCCUGCGCCGAAGCCAGCCCUCUAGGGUUAGCAAUCACACGCAUCACCCACCAACUUGCAAACUACCAAAACUACCGCAAUCUCCUCUAUUACCCUGAUAAGAGAGGACAGGAUGAAGACCAAAAGAAGACGCCCAGCUAUCGCACAGUCUUCACGGCGUUCAACGGCCUCAUCCUUACCCAACCCUAG